UGUGUACCUUGCAUGUGCUGGACUCCGGGGUGCCCACCUCUGGUCUCAGGCCUGUGACCUUCCAAACCAGCUGCAUCUCCCAGUUAAAUGCAACACUGACUCCUGGCCAUGGACUAAACAAAAUCAGCCAAUGGUCACUGAGCUCCUCAGGUCCCACAUGCUGUCCGGAGCCUGACAUCUACCCUUCCUGCUCGUUAGAACCCAGAUCCCGGCCGGAGCUAUUACCUGUUAAGUAGACUGCUUUGUCUGGUGGUGAGCAGCCUGUCACUGGGAGAAUCCAAGCAAGACUGCCAUGGAAGAGCAUUCGUACUCAGACCCAGCAGAGUUCCCAAAGUUUUCCAGACGGCGGCGAUGCUGUGGGCAGGGGGUGCGGCUGAUGCUGGUGGGGCUGGCGACCAUCCUGCUGUGGGCUGGGCUGCUGACCCUGCUUCUCUUCUGGCGUGAGGAUACCCCCAGCCCCAUGCGGUCUCCCUCUUGUGUUCCCUCCCAGAAGCCCACUUUCCGACCCCGGGGAGCCCAACACACUCCUUGGAGUCCAAUUUUCCCACCGUGUCUCCCGCCUUGUCCUCACCGGCCCCCUCCCAAGCCCCUUCUGCCCACCCCGUCCAGCACCCCUGGCUCCCGCCCUUCCCACACCUCCCACACAGUAUGCCCAAGGCCUUCAACCCCAGCUGACAGGUGGGCUGGGGGGGGGCGCACCUGGAAACCCGUCUUCUCCCCUUCUCUUCUCUCCUCCCCAGACUGGGACACUGUGCAGAAUCUGAAACAGCUAGAAGUAACCGCUGCCCGGAACGUCUCUCGGGUUGCCAAGGACUUGGAAAGACACAACGGGGACCAGAUGGCCCAGAAAGCCCAGGAUGCCCAGGUGUCACAGAGCAUGGAGGAAAUCCAAGCUGAACAGAAGAGAAUGAAAGCUCAGGACUCUGAGCUCUCCCGGAGCCUGGAUGGACUUCGUUCGGACCUGAGCAACCUCAAGUCCCUGAGCUUGAACGAGAGACACACAGCCUUACGUUCACUGGAAAGGCUCCAGGAGGAGGUGGUGAAGCUGUGGAUAGAGCUACACACAUCCAACGGCUCCCUGUGUAACACGUGCCCCGAGAACUGGGUCAACUUCCAGAGGAAGUGCUACUACUUCGGUGAGGGCCCCAAGAAGUGGAUCCAGGCCCGGUUUGCCUGCGGCAAACUGCAAGGGCGGCUGGUCAGCAUCCACAGCCAAGAGGAGCAGGACUUCCUGGCCAGACAUGCCAACAGGAAGGGCACCUGGAUUGGCCUCCGGGACCUGGACAGAGAGGGGGAGUUUAUCUGGAUGGACCAGGGCCCCCUGAACUAUAGCAACUGGCGACCGGGGGAGCCCAACAAUGGGGGCCAAGGCGAGGACUGUGUGAUGAUACAGGGCUCCGGAGAGUGGAACGAUGCCUUCUGCGGCAGCCGGCUGGACGGCUGGGUGUGUGACCGGCUGGCCACGUGCUGACCGCCCACCCGCCACCUCGGUCCCCCCGGGGUUCACUGGGACGGGCUCCAAGACCCAGACCCUGACAGUCCCCAGCCCACCUGCGAGGUGCACCCCUGCGUCGCUCCCCUGCCCCAGACACUGGAACAGCCAGGCCCACAGCCGGGCUCUGAGGAGCCUCAACAAUUUGUGGCUAAGGGCCCGGCCACAUUUUCUCCUGCCCAAUCGGAAGAAGGGCUUUUGACCCACCCCCGGGCUCCAGCCAACCCCCCAGAGGGUCUGUCCCUUGCUCCUCAGCCCAGCUGGCUGUCCCCAUGUCCCUGCUUUCAAGUGCUCAGAGGACCACCUCAGAGCAGUGGCAGCUGCCUCAGGCCCCCGUGUGCUUCCUCUGUCAGGCCCACCCACCGUCUGCUGGAGUCAGGAGGAAACCAUACCCCCACCCCACCCCUGGGGCCUGGGACACAGAAGGCACUCAGCAAAUGCCGGCAGGCCCAAGGGUGGCCUGCUCACCCAGUCCAAAGGUGCUGGCCCCACCCCGGCACGGGUUUCGGGAGGCCUAGUUGGCACCAGCCCCAGGCUUGGCCAGGGUCAGUCCCUGCACCAGAGGCUGAGGAGGGGGCAGGCCAGGAUCGAAGGACACACCGCGUUAAACUCCUCGCCCACCACCUCACCCCCAAUUCCUAGCCUAAAAAAGGAAGAAUCAGUCUGCUCACGUGGUUCUCAGGCCCCCUGGAGGGGAAUCCAUGAGGAGAGGCCCAUACUGGACCACCCGGGACCUGGGAGCCAGGGCCCGGGCCAAGGGGGCUGGGGAGGGCAUUCCAGGGGCACCCAGGGGUCCUGGGGCCAGGAAGGGCCAGGGCUAGAGCUAGCUCUAGGUCACCUGUUGUCUACCCACUGCUCACCCGAUUUCUGCCUCCUCCAGAUCCCCCUUGGAACUCCAGGCCAGUGCGUAACUGCCUACCUGAGCUCUCCAAAGGGGACCCCACUCUGCCACUCAGGCCAACGCUGGGGUCACACUCAGCACCUGUUUCCCUCACUGCCCCUCACCCCCGAAUCCUCAGGGAAAUCCAUGUGCAGAAUCUGCCGACUUCUCACCACCUCCAGCAACCGCUUUGGUGUAGCCCUCAUCCUAGCUUGCCUCAAUCUCCUUCUUCACUGCCCCACACCUUCCAGAAGUUUCCUUCUGGCUCUGAGAAAAAUAAACAAAAAACAAAACCCAAAGUCUUACAGGCUUCUUUGCGAUUGCAGAAUCCCUGCAGCUUGCCUUGUCUCCCCAGCUUCACCUCCCCCAACCCCAGCACCCACACCAGCCUCCGCACUGGCCCUUACACAUGGAGGCUCACUCCUGCCUCAGGGCCUUUGCACAUGCCCCCCCCCACUUGCUCCUCAGUGAGGGCUAUCCUGGGCUCCCCCUCCCUCCCAUUUAAAAUGACACCCCUGACUCCAGAUCCCUUUUAUCUCACCCUACUUUCUCACCACAAAGUCUUCCCCUUCCAAGAAAAUGUGUCGUUCACUGAUCUGUGUGUUCUCAUCCCCCACCCCACCCCGGACUUGAAUGUGACCUUCAGGAGAGCAGGGGCUUUUGUUUUGUUCUCAGCUGUGACCCAGCACCUGACCCAUAGUAAGUGUUCAAUAAAUAUC